GUUUCUUAAUAUUCUUUUUGAAGUAAGACACCAAAACUGAAUACUACAUUCCAGUAAUGAUCUUGCUAAUACUGUGUUCACUUAAAAUAACAUCUCCUUAAAUAUCCAAGAAUAGCAUUUGCUCUCUUAGCUAUAUGUCAUACUCAUGGUCAUCUGGUUAUCCUCUAAGCCUUGGGUCUCCAAAAGACACUCCCUGAUCCUGCAAAUGAAACUAUUUUCUCGGGUCCUGUGUCUAUCACUUUGCAUGCAGCAGUAUUAAAAUGCAUAAUGUUCAAAUGAGCCCAAUUUACCAUAAAAUCUAGAUCACUCUUUAGAACGGAUCUGUCAUUGUUUACCAUUCAACUAAUUUCUGUUGUUCGCAGACUUUCUAGGGAUUAUUUCAUGUUUUUCUUAUGUGCCUGUGACGUUUACAGAAUUCUAUAUCACAGUGGCUUCCUUAAAGAUUUAACUAUUAAUAUUACCCAUGGGAGGGGGGUUAUUAAGACAAAAUAUCUCUUGGAAUUUACUGCUGAAUAUGCCCGAGGCAGCAGAGAUUUUUCUGUCAUUGUAAGUCAAGUGCUCUCCCACUUGGACCACUGCGGAGCUAUUGGAUCUGAUCAGUGUGUGCAGAGAGGAAUGUUCAGUCCAAGCUGUGAGUGACCAAUGGGAAUUGGAACACGAAUGGGCAAAUUUCUCAGUGCUUGUGUGAAAAGGGCUGAGAGUGGAACCUGCUGCAGUGCAGAGUGAAGAUAAAAGAGCUAAAGCAGGCUACCAUAGAGCGAGGGAGAAAACUUGCACUGGGGCCGCACCUAAGACCUGCCAUUUUUAUAAGAAGCUGGACAUUAUCCUUGGUGGUGACUCCACCUCCACUGCCAAAAGCUCAGUGGAUGCUUUGGCGGGCACAGAGGCAGCAGAAAGAGGGCCUAAUUCAGAGGAUGAAAUAAUAGAUGAAGAAGAUGAACUAGAUGAGGAUGUGGAACUCCCAACGGGGUCACCCGGUGAGGCAGGAAGCCAGGAACUAUUCUCCACUCCUGAGGUGCAUAGCUAGUCUCAGCACCUCUUCUCCAGGGAGCAGGAGAUGAGAUGCAGGUCUUGGAAGAAGUGGAACAGACUAUUGUUCCCAGCCAUGGAACAACACCAGACCAGCAAAAGUUUCAUACUUCCGAGUGGGCAGAGUUUGAUCAAAACCCUGACUCCUUGUAUUUUAAUGAUGGCCAACGACGAAUUGACUUUGUUUUGGUGUAUGAAGAUGAGAGCAAAAAAGAGAAUCACAAGAAGAAUGUGAAUAAAAAGCAAAAACGGAAGAGGCAAGCAUAUGAGUCUAAUCUGAUAAGCAACGGCUUGCAACUUGAAGCAACCAGAUCGGUCUUAGAUGAAAAACUUAUUUUUGUAAAAGUGCACGCACCUUGGGAAGUGCUAUGUACAUAUGCCGAGGUUAUGCACAUCAAAUUGCCUCUGCAGCCCGAUGACCUGAAAACCCGAGAUUCAGCUUUCAACUGGUUUAGUCGAUUCUUCCAAGUGGAUGAAAAUAUCAUCAAACCAGAGCAAGAGUUUUUCACUGCCCCAUUUGAAAAGGCCCGUUUGUCUGAUUUUUACAUUCAAGACAAAGACACCUUUUUCAAUCCUGCAACCAGAAGCCGAAUUGUUUACUUUAUUCUUUCCCGUGUGGAAUAUGCAGUAAGAGACAAUGUGAAAAAGUUUGGUAUUAACAAACUCCUAGACUCUGGGAUCUACAAAGCAGCGUUUCCUCUUCAUGAUUCGAGAUUCAAUUGCCUGUCAGAGGACCCCAACUACCCUAAUGAACGGUAUCUUCUUUACAAGGAGUGGGCUCACCCCCGAAGUAUUUACAAACUGCAGCCAUUGGAUCUUGUCAGGAAAUAUUAUGGAGAGAAAAUUGGAAUAUAUUUUGCUUGGCUUGGAUUUUACACUCACAUGCUGAUUGUGGCAGCAGUAGUAGGACUUGCCUGUUUUUUGUAUGGAUUCAUAACAAAGGACAACUGCACAUGGAGCCAAGAAGUGUGUGAUCCCAACAUAGGCGGCAACAUCAUAAUGUGCCCGCAGUGUGACAAGGAAUGUACAUACUGGAACCUCACUAUCACCUGUGAAUCCUCUAAGAAAUUAUGUAUAUUUGAUAGCUUCGGAACACUAGUAUUUGCAGUAUUUAUGGGAAUAUGGGUUACUUUGUUUCUGGAGUUUUGGAAGCGACGGCAGGCUGAACUGGAAUAUGAAUGGGACACUGUUGAAUUUUUAGAGCAGGAAGAAUCCGUACGUCCGGAAUAUGAAGCGCGAUGCAUUCAUGUAGUAACAAAUGAAAUCACACAGCAAGAAGAGCACGUGCCAUACACUGCCUGUGGAAAGUGUGUACGGAUGACCUUCUGUAUAAGUGCAGUCUUAUUCUGGAUUCUUUUGAUCAUUGCUUCAGUUAUUGGAAUCAUCGUUUACAGACUCUCAGUUUUCCUUGUGUUUUCUGCAACAUUGCCACGGCACAUUACUGGAAAAGAAGCAAUUCAGAAGUACCUGACUCCCCAGGCAGCCACUUCAAUAACUGCUUCAAUCAUCAGUUUUAUAAUCAUCAUGAUUCUGAACAUAAUCUAUGAAAAAGUAGCUAUCAUGAUUACUGACUUUGAACUGCCAAGGACGCAGACUGAUUAUGAAAACAGUCUGACAAUGAAGAUGUUCUUAUUCCAGUUUGUCAACUAUUAUUCUUCAUGUUUCUACAUUGCAUUCUUUAAGGGUAAAUUUGUAGGAUUCCCUGGAGACCCUGUUUACUGGUUAGGAAAAUACAGAAAUGAAGAGUGUGAUCCAGGUGGAUGUCUCCUUGAACUUACAACACAAUUAAUAAUAAUAAUGGGAGGUAAAGCAAUUUGGAAUAACAUUCAAGAAGUGCUUCUUCCCUGGAUUAAGAAUCUAAUCGGAAGAUGCUGCUCAGCUGCUCGAUCAGAGAAGACUAUUCCACGCUGGGAACAGGAUUACCAUCUGCAGCCUAUUGGAAAACUUGGACUGUUUUAUGAGUAUCUUGAAAUGGUUAUACAGUUUGGAUUUGUCACUUUAUUUGUGGCAUCAUUCCCACUGGCUCCUCUUCUGGCUCUUGUCAAUAAUUUGUUGGAAAUACGAGUUGAUGCCUGGAAGAUAACAACCCAGUUCAGGCGCAUGGUACCACAGAAAGCACAAGAUAUAGGAGCAUGGCAGCCAAUCAUGCAAGGAAUAGCAAUUCUGGCUGUGGUAACCAAUGCAAUGAUAAUUGCAUUUACAUCUGAUAUGAUUCCUCGUUUGGUUUAUUACUGGUCCUUUUCAGUCCCUCCCCAUGGGGAUCACAGCAGUUACACCAUGCAGGGGUAUAUCAACAAUACACUUUCUGUCUUCAAUAUAUCGGACUUCAAAAGUGAAAGCAAACCAGUUCCACUUCCCUGGUUUGGCAACCAAACAACAUGCAGAUAUCGUGAUUUCCGAUAUCCUCCUGGGCACCAAUAUCAGUAUGAACACAACAUAUAUUACUGGCACGUGAUUGCAGCCAAACUGUCUUUCAUCAUUGUCAUGGAGCAUAUCAUAUACUGUGUGAAGUUUAUUGUUUCAUACGCAAUUCCGGAUGUAUCACAAAAGACAAAGAGCAAGAUCAAACGAGAGAAAUACUUAACACAGAAACUCCUGCAUGAGAAUCAUCUCAAAGUUAUGAAAAAACAUAUUGGGAAAAUAGCUGACAGAAUCUGGACAGGAGCAGACAGCACUUACCGACUUAAAUUGGAAUAAGAGUGUUAUACGCUGAGAGUACUUAAUCAGUUUAGUAUUGGUGAAUAAUGGUGAAUCAAAAUAUUGCUAACAGCUAAUCAAAAGUUGGGAAUUAACUCCCUCUAGCAAAUAGCUUCUUAUAACUGUCACCUCUGUCUGGGGCAUCAUUGGACACCAUUGGAUACAAAGGCAAGGACUGGAAAAUACAAAGCCAUGAGACACAGUAGGCCAGCGGUGGGCAACCUGCAGCCUGAGGGCCACAUGCGGCCGAUGAGGGUUCUGUGUGUGGCCCAUGAAACAUUCUGUUUACAAGCCCACACACAGGCUUGUCAGAUUCUGCUAGGUUUCAUCUGUGUAGGUUUUUUCCUAUCAGUAGCACAAAAGUGCCAUGCACUUGGGGCACGUGAAUUGAGGUGCGUGCUGAUUGCACAAAACAUUGAGAGCCACACACUUCUUCUGCAUCCAAUCAAAGUGCUGCUACAGUUCAAUUGGCACACCCCUCAAAUUGUACGUAUGCAAGUGCGGUUAGCAAAACUACCCUAUCCCUGGAGAACAUCUUGGUUAUGACAAUCCUGCAGUUCCCUGAGAUGGAGGGCCACUCAUGCAGCCACUCACUAGCUUAGGUUGCCCCUCCCUGUAGUAAUUGCUAUCACCUGGAAAGAGGAAAAUGAUGUCUUUAAUAGCAUUAGCUGGACAGAAAAAACAUUCAUGAUGUUUUCAGUAGACUGUUCUCUUAUCAAGGGGCAGCUUCUUUCUGAAAUGCAGCAGCCACUGGUUUCAUUCUGCCAUUGAUUAUUUCAUCUGCUAUUCAAUGUGAACAAAACCUCAGACACCAAGCCAUUUGUAUUAAAAACAACACAGCUGCCAUGUGAUGAUCACUUGAAGCAGCUGUCACUGGAUAAUUCGAUCAUGGAAUAUAUACUUAAGCUAAGAGGAAAAGUCAAAACCAGAAAGGGAUGGAAAAAGAAAAGAUGACAACAAUUAAACAUUUGGAGGUUCAGCCAUUGCUGUUGCCAUGAUAAGCCUGCUUGUGCCAUAUAAGCUAAGAAAUACACUGCGGGGAUUACACAGAUUACAAGAUAUUUCAAUCAACCUUGUCAGAAUGGACUUGAAUCACAAUGAGAGGAAGCACUACAUGCCUGAUUUUCCUCUCGCUGCUACCUGCUUAUGGUCAGAGGUAAAUCCCUGACUAGCAGUGGGAGAGGAGAAUCAGGUGAUGUGUCUUUAUCCAGUUGAUGCACAUUAAGUAGUCCAUUUUUUCCUGUUCUGUUGUGAACCUGUGCGCUCUAAGUGGCUUCUUACCUAUCGCAGUAGUGAGAGUCCACAUUCUCGUCACAUAUUAAAUCAAUAUGCAGGGAGGGCUCACUUCUGUAUUUCUUUUACAGCCAGAACUCCAUUCCCUUCCAUGAUAGUUUUCAGUGUGCAAGGAAUGCAUACAUCACAAAAUAGCAUGUGGCAACACAGUGGCUAGGAGAUGUGAAUCCUAGCACAGGUAGACAGACACAUGCCAGCUCUGCUUGAGCUAAAACAUUGAAAAAAGCAGCGUGUCCACAGUGAUCAGGCUGACCAUGCGAGUACCUACCCAGGAGGUUGGUGCCACAUUCAUCAAUAAUCAUGAUGAGAAAAAAAUCCAUAUUAAGACUCUUUUAGAGGAUGGGGGAGGGGAGGGGGAAUAUUUACCUAACGAAAAAGAACAAAAUCAGGAGGGACUUGAGAGACCAGCCUCAGAAGGGACAAUAGCUUGGCCCUAUGUAAAUAACUUCACAACGUUUAUCACCCAUUUUAUAGGUGGGGAGAUUGUGGCAAAGAGCGUUAAGUGCCUUUCUGUGAUCACACAGUGAUGUGUGGCAGAGCCGGGGUUAACACACAGGAGCCCCUGGUUCCCAGUGACCUUUUCAGGCUACUGAAUUGCAAUACAGGCAGUCCCCGGGUUACAUGGAUCCGACUUACAUCAGAUCCCUACUUACAAACGGGGUGAGGCAACCCCGCACUAGUUGCUUCCCCC